UUUGAUUCAAGCGUUUAGGUGAUCUAUACAAUUCCGCAUUACCCGCCAUAUUUCAUUUGGUAAAACGGAAUCAUGAAGUUAGCCGUCUACAACGAAAUUGUUGAUCUUAUGCGUAAGUACAAAACUAGAGAUGAAGCACUACGCCAUAUAAGUCCGCGGUAUCCAGACGUUUCACUUGGUGCACUCGGUAGUAUAUUUGCACAAGAUUAUCAAAAGAAAAUGCGCAAAACUCACCAUCUCCAUUACAGCCCAGAUACGACGGAUUAUUACUAUGAUAAAUAUAGAGCCAGUGUGGACAGUGGCCAGAAACAUGUGAUAAUGUCAAUGGCAAGAAAUAUAGACCUAUCCCCAUCCCUCUUAUCGAGAAUGAUUCUGGAAAGACAUUUGUCGCGGACUAAGUAUGGUGGCGACAAUCCGCCACGAAGUCAGGUGACGCAGAUGAUGAAAGAUACAACACUGAUUGAGAAUCCCGUUCUAGCCAACGAGAUUUACGAGUGCAUCCUGUCAGAUGAUCAGUAUGGUCCGCUAGUAGACAAAAUAAAACAUUCCAUAGGACACGAGUACGAGUUUAAACUAAACAGAACGUUGGACUCUCUUCAGUUGUCGUACAUUGGAGAGGAACAGAUGAGGGCUAAAGGCUACGACAAGACGCCAGAUGUAAAGCUGGAGGUUCCCAUAGCCGUAGAUGGACACAUGGUCAACUGGAUAGAGAGCAAAGCAUCAUUUGGAGAUGAAUACAGUCACAGAUCCUAUCUAAAGGACCAGUUCUGGAGCUAUUGGAAUCGGUUCGGCCCUGGAAUGGUCAUCUAUUGGUUCGGGUUUAUUGAUGAACUUGAUUCAAAUACAGAGAAAGGAAUUAUUCUAAGAGACAGUUUCCCUGAAAACAUUGUUCGACUGGACCCUGUUGUGAAAUUAAAAUAAAUUGCAUUGUAUGUU